AUGGCGAAUGCGCUGUCAUCUUUGCGCCUCGAAAGCGUGCGCGAGCUGCUCUCAGCCAUCUCACCCCUAAUCUCAUGGACGACGCUAGCUCUGCUGUUAGCAAUCAUUAACUUGAAGAACAUGCCUCUCAUUUGGCACGCCCGUAUUCUAUAUCACUUCUGGGGAAACAUCCGAUGGCGUGUCCAGGAUCCCUAUUUUCCCAAGGGAACUCCAUUAGUAACUCACAGCGGGAAGCCGACGCAUCCGGUAUUCGUGUCAUAUGGCAUCUCAUCCCGAGCUCCAAUCCUGGAGACGGAUUACAACCAGCACAAGUCCAACAGCACGUACUUUUCCGACCUGGACGUGGCCCGCACGGCCCUCGUCACCCGCCUAUACAGCCCCGGAGCUUCAAUCGUGAGCAAAGAACUCGACGCGGAGCUUCUCAAAGCCAGUCAGCGGGACGGCACGAAGCCACCCAAGCCCAAAGGCAUUUAUGUGGCCCUGGGCUCGGUCUACUGCAGCUUCAAGCGCGAGAUCAAGCCCUUUGAGUUGUACGAGAUGGAGACUAAGGUAAUCGCCUGGGACCAGAAGUGGAUGUACGUUAUGACGUUCUUUUUCCGGCCCGCGAGCCGGAAAGGCGGCGAGAAGACGCUCUUCGCGACUGCGCUGAGCAAGUACGUCGUCAAGAAGGGACGGCUGACCGUGCCGCCGGAGAGAGUCCUGCGGGCCAGUGGCUUUUUGCCUCCGCGGCCGGAGGGCUCUGCCGCGCCUGAGGUGUCUACCUCGACUGAGGCGUCGGGCGUGGGGACACCGGUCAAUGGAGACGGUCUCACGGCUAGUGCUUCGGGAGUAGACGGGUCUUUAGUGCGGGAAGUGCUGAAGUUACGGGAGGAGGACAUGCCGGAACCGAAAUCGCUGGAGGCGAAAAAGAAGAGCAACUCUGCGUCGUGGGACUCGAACGAGUGGACAUGGGAACGGAUUGAGCAGGAACGGCUGCGGGGGUUGAAAGUCAUAGAAGGAUAUUCGACGAUGGAUGCUAAGCUGUACGAAGAGUGGCAGCGUUAG